AGACCACAAACCACUUCUUGGAAUCUUCAAGAGUCACAAACCAAUGUCAGCUCGAAUUGAGAGAUGGAGGCUGAGACUGAUGCCUUAUGACUACGAGCUUAUCUACAAACCAGGCAAAGACAACCCUGCCGACUUCAUGAGUAGACAUCCAUCGGCGGAAAAAGAAAGUCCUAGUAUCGCAGAGAGCUAUGUCAACUACAUCACAACCAACGCCGUACCUAAAGCAAUGACACUCCAAGAGAUCAAAACCGCCACUAAGACAGACCAGGAACUCCAGUCAUUGCUGAAAGCAAUYGAAACCGACAAUUGSACUGAUCCAAUCGUAAAGCAGUACGCRAACKUUAARKACGAACUCGCRGCAUUCAACGGAAUGGUACUUAGAGGAAACAGAAUCAUAAUCCCUCACCAGCUCCGAGAUAAAGYAGUCGAUCUCGCACACGUUGGUCACCAAGGGAUUGUGAAAACUAAACAGCUCAUACGUGAGAAGGUGUGGUUCCCACACAUCGACAAGAUGGUAAAAGACAAAGUCGAGAAAUGUCUGUYAUKUCAAGCUGCGACAGGACCAAGCAACCAGUCUCGCCCUGAACCGCUAAAGAUGACUCCACUUCYCCAAGGACCCUGGAAGGAGGUAGCGCUCGACUUCACAGGACCUUUUCCUUCUGGCGAAUAUCUUCUUGUCGUGGUAGACGAGUGCAGCCGUUUCCCCAAAGUCGAGCUUAUCACCACUACAUCGGCAAGAGCGACGAUACCAAGACUCGAUGCCAUCUUCUCGAGACAAGGCAUACCAGAAAUCGUUAAGACAGACAAUGGCCCGCCCUUCAAAGGGAAAGACUUUGCAAACUACGCAGAAUACGCAGGAUUCCACCACCGAAAGAUCACCCCAAUCUGGCCGCAAGCCAAUGGUGAAGCUGAACGCUUCAUGAGGAACCUCAACAAGUGCAUAUCCAUAGCACACAUGGAAGGCAAAAACUGGAAGCAGGAAGUAUUCAAAUUCUUGAGGCAAUACAGAGCCACACCCCACUCAACAACGAAAGUAUCCCCGUGUGAAGCACUGAACAACAGAAAGAUAACACUGCCAGAGAUAACUCCUGUUUUCAAAGCCGCACAGAAACCCGACAACAUGAGAGAACGAGAUGACGAGCAGAAGAAAAAGAUGAAAGAGUAUGCAGAUCUGAGACGCAGAGCUAUAGAGUGUAAAGUUAAACCGGGUCAGACAGUUAUCGUCAGACAGCCCAAGACGUCAAAGCUAUCGACACCUUACAGUCCCRAGCCCAUGGUCGUCGAAGAAGUCAAAGGUAGCAUGGUCACAGCCCGCAAUGAUGAAAAGGCCAUAACCCGCAACUCAUCUCAUUUCAAGACAGUCAAUGAUGAAGUCCUACCGACUGUUGAGGACGAAACGGAAGAGGUAUUGGACUCGACAGAYGUCAACWCUCAACCACCUGUAGCCKCAAGGCCCACAAGAAACAGAAAGCCGCCCAGUUGGCUAAAUGACUAUGUGACAAGUUAA